GUCUGCUAAGCGCUCCAACCAUGUUCAGCAAGAAGAAGAAACGCAUUGAGAUCUCGGCGCCCUCCAACUUCGAGCACCGCGUCCACACCGGCUACGACCAGCAGGAGCAGAAGUUCACAGGGCUGCCUCGGCAAUGGCAGGGCAUCAUCGAGGAGUCCGCCAAGAGGCCCAAGCCCCUGGUGGACCCCGUGUGUAUCACAGCCAUCCAACACGGCUCACAGAAGACCAUCGUACGGGGCACCAAAGCCGCCAAGGACGGCUCGCUGACCUGGCUGCUGGAUGAAUUUGAGAACAUGUCCGUGUCCCGUUCCAAUUCUCUGCGCAGGGACAGCCCCCCUUUCCCACCCCGGCGUGACCAGCUCUGCCAGGAGAACGGCCUUACCGAGGAUUUUGGCCGCAGCAAGGACAAGAGCUGCCCCGCACCCCGUGGCGAGCCGGACCGGGGCAAGGAGCGACCCCGCCAGCGGGACCCACAGCGGCCCCGAGGCCAGGAGCCCGGCCCCAGAACCGGCGGUGCCCCCCCCCCUCCCGAGUACCCCAAGCCCCCCCCUGAACGGGACGGCCCCGCCGACAGGGACUGCGGCGAGCGGGACGAGCGCGUGGUGCGACGGGAGCGCGCCGAGCCCUGCGACAAGCGGCCCAAAUCCACCUACGGCAACGGCAGCAGCCCUCAGUCCCCCCGUGACAAACGCCCGCUCUCCGGGCCCAAUAUCCGGACUCCCAACAUCCCCGUGUCCGAAGGGGUGAUGAAGACUGCCCAGCAGACGGGACGACCCUUUAAUACCUACCCACGGGCUGAGACCGACCCCGUCCGGGGCGCAGGUGCACAGGCUGAACCCCGGCCAGGCCGGCCGCAGGAGGCAGCACCCAAUGGGCCAGCAAGCAGCGCCACCGGCUCCUCCCGAGCCCAGCCCCCCGGCCCACCCCGCUCCAAGGUCCCUGAGCCCCCCGCUGGCCUCACCCCACACGCCUCCGAACCCCACCUGGCCCGUCCUCCAAGCCUGGCCCCCCACCCCCCUGCUGUCGGCCCCCAGCAGCCCCGCUCACCCCAACGAGAGCCCCAACGCGUCUCCCACGAACAAUUCCGGGCAGCUCUGCAGAUGGUGGUGGAUCCGGGAGACCCACGCACCUAUCUGGACAACUUCAUCAAAAUAGGGGAGGGAUCCACCGGCAUCGUUUGCAUCGCCACGGUGAAGAGCAGCGGCAAGCUGGUGGCUGUCAAGAAGAUGGACCUGCGCAAGCAGCAGCGGCGCGAGCUGCUCUUCAAUGAGGUGGUGAUCAUGCGGGACUACCAGCACGAGAACGUGGUGGAGAUGUACAACAGCUACCUGGUGGGCGACGAGCUGUGGGUGGUGAUGGAGUUCCUGGAGGGCGGCGCGCUGACCGACAUCGUGACGCACACCCGGAUGAACGAGGAGCAGAUCGCAGCUGUCUGCCUGGCCGUGCUGAAGGCCUUGUCUGUGCUGCACGCGCAGGGCGUCAUCCACCGCGACAUCAAGAGUGACUCCAUCCUGCUGACGCACGACGGCAGAGUGAAACUCUCUGAUUUUGGGUUUUGUGCCCAAGUGAACAAGGAGGUGCCGCGGCGGAAGUCGCUGGUGGGGACCCCAUAUUGGAUGGCACCGGAACUCAUCUCUCGCUUGCCCUACGGCCCAGAGGUGGAUAUCUGGUCCCUGGGUGUGAUGGUGAUCGAGAUGGUCGAUGGGGAGCCGCCGUAUUUUAACGAGCCGCCGUUAAAGGCCAUGAAAAUGAUCCGAGACAAUCUGCCCCCCAAACUGAAAAACGUGCACAAGGUCUCCCCCUCUCUCAAGGGCUUCCUGGACCGCAUGCUGGUGCGGGACCCGGUGCAGCGGGCCACGGCCAACGAACUCUUGAAGCACCCCUUCCUGGGCAAGGCGGGCCCCCCCUCCUGCAUCGUGCCCCUCAUGCGCCAGAACCGCAUGCGGUGAGGAGCCCCGCCGCCGUCCUCGCCGUCGCCUCUUAACUGGAUUUGUGACUGUGCCGCUACUGUGGGGGCACUGGGGGGGUCCUGGCCCCCCCACGCCGUACUACUGAGUCGGGAGCUGGCAGGGGACGGCGGUGCGGCCGCGCGAUGGCACCGGCCCUGUCCCCCAUCCUUCCCUGCAGAGGCUUGGGGACCGGGGCUUUUUCCUGACUGCUCGGGAUCUGCUGUUACGGCCACCCUGGGAUCCCUUUGGGCCAUCUCAACUCAGUCCCCGUUUCCCCCCCCCCCCCCCAUUUUUUGUUUUGUUUUCCCCUCUUCAAUCGUUUUCUAUCCUUUUCUGGCCCUGUGCCCUGCAGGAGGGCCGUGUCCAGUUCCCCCCCUUCCCCCCCAACCCCAACACUACAGCCCCACGGCCACACUACUGAUCUGGGUCCCCCCCCCCACCUCCUCCCAACACUUUUUUCCCCUGUUUGUUUCUGUUUUGUUUUUUAAACAAAGCUAUUUAUAUUGUCGUUUUGUAACGCCACAGCGCUGGAGUGCCCCAGGGUUGCUAUGGGGCCCCCUGGAGAUUACACGUGUCCUUUUGGAGAGCGCCGUGUCCCACUGUGGUUUUUGGGCAGGGUGGUGGAGGCGCCGUGGGGUGGUGGCUAUGGGGGCUAUGGGGGCUAUG